AUGAACCCUCGCCUCCUCCAGAGGGCCUCAAUACGGAGACUGGCAAAGCCGUCCGUCUCCGUCAUCUCGAACCCGGUCCGGAGUGCUGGCAGCCUCUCUCAGCGCCCCAACUCCAACUUCGUCUCUUUCCCCGGCGCCCUCAAGAGCUCCUUCACCAGCACCCUCAAGUUCGAGACGCCCGACUCAUACACAGCGUUGCCGACGUACCGAGUCGUGGACCAGAACGGCCAAGUGGUCGACCCCUCCUUCAGCCCCGACAUCAGCGAUGAGGCCGUCAUCAAGCUCUACAAGGACAUGCUGUUCAUAUCCAUCAUGGAUCUCAUCAUGUUCGACGCCCAGAGACAGGGCCGCCUGAGCUUCUACAUGGUAAGCGCGGGCGAGGAAGCCGUGAGCGUCGGCACCUCCAGCGUGCUGGACAGAGACGACGUCGUCUUCUGCCAGUACCGAGAGCAGGGCUUCUUCAAGGAGCGGGGGUUUACGACCGAGCAGUUCAUGUCGCAGCUCUUUGCCAACAAGAAGGACAAUGGCCGGGGGAGGAACAUGCCCAUUCACUACGGAUCCAAGGAGCUAAAUAUCCACACCGUCUCUUCACCAUUGGCAACGCAGCUUCCGCAGGCUUCGGGGGCGGCCUAUGCGCUGAAGCUACAGAGGUUGCAGGAUCCCAGCGUAAAGCCGCGGGUAGCGGCCGUCUUCUUUGGCGAGGGAGCCGCCAGUGAGGGUGAUUUCCAUGCAGCGCUCAACAUUGCCGCCACGCGCUCGUGUCCCGUUGUCUUCAUCUGCCGUAACAAUGGCUUCGCCAUUUCUACACCUACCCUUGACCAGUACAGGGGAGACGGCAUCGCAAGCAGAGGAAUCGGAUAUGGAAUCGACACCAUCCGGAUCGACGGAAACGACAUCUGGGCAGUUCGGGAGGCGACGAAGAAGGCACGGGAAAUGGCCCUGCAAGACGGUGGCAAGCCAGUUCUGAUUGAAGCAAUGACGUACCGUGUCUCUCAUCACAGCACUUCCGACGACUCAUUCGCAUACCGGGCUCGUGUCGAAGUCGAGGACUGGAAGCGGCGAGACAACCCCAUUACCCGGCUGAGGAAGUGGAUGGAGGCCAAGGGCUGCUGGGACGAGACCAAGGAGAAGGAGGCCAGGGACAGCCUGAGGAAGGAGAUCCUGAAGGCCUUUAGCGAAGCAGAGAGGGAGAAGAAGCCGCCCAUUCGAUCCAUGUUUGAGGACGUAUAUGAGAAUCUGACUCCAGACCUGAAGGAGCAGAUGGGCCAGCUCAAGGCGAUGCUGGAAACAUACCCUGAGGAAUACGAUAUCGGGACUUAUGAGGGUGGACUGGACAGCUUGGUUGUUGAGAAGGACAAUUAG